AUGACUUUGACAAUAUCAACAGGCAUUGGAAUUGACCUCGCGCUAGGAUACGGUGUCGCGGUACUUCGCUACGGGAAUGGAACUAUCAUUGAUGUCGCAAAGAUCGAUGGUGAUGAAGCAUAUAUCAAAGCUAUGAAGGAUCUAGCAGAAGAAGCCCUUCGUAUUCCCAUUAACUUCCCUUAUUAUGCCCGACUAAUGGAUCUCCCCGGCUUCGAUAUUCCACCUCCGCCACAACCAAACUUUAACAGCGAAUCCUGGGAAACAAUCAGCAACGAGACGACAACCGUCAAUGAGACUGAAGAAGCUCCGGAAACACUUCCUUCUAACGUAAGACCUAGUUUCAACCUUACACGACUUCCGGAGCGGUAUAAACGAUGGGUGGAGGCUAUAUCCCCUCUAAUCUCCACUCUGAAAAGUCGAGUCGACGCCGUCCAUAAGCUCGAUUAUCCCGCCAUCAGCCUUUCGAUACCUGAUUUCUGCUUUCAUUUAGGACGAUGUGUGAACUAUUUCGAUGUAGCAGCUAGUGUGGCAGGCUUUGACGCAAUUUGGCCGAUUAUGGAUGCCUCGGACGCCGUGGUUUACUCAUUUCGUGGACCGAAACUCCGUAAUCUGGGACCCUACUACGAGGAUGGUGAUGAUGAUAGUCUUUUCGAUAAAAGUGUGGAGACAGCUUUGGUUGUGGAUUAUAGUAAUGCUGCCAUAAGCCUUACUUUAUUACAUAGAGCUCAAAGCAUAACGGCCCCCAACCCUGUCGAGUUCUAUAUGGAACCAAAACUAGGAGCAAAUGGGAUGAGAUCGCAACAGAGCGUUGGUAGAUUUCAAAACGAAGUUUAUGAUUGGGUACAGGCUUCUUUUAACCAGACUGUUUUUAAUACGAUUGGAAAUUUGGUUCUCACGGGUGAUGCUGCAACCAGCAGCGUUAUUCAUGAUGUACUACACCACGUUUUAAAAGAUAAUUAUCAGAUUAAAAGGCAGGAUCGUCAACUAUCGCAUGAAGACUACACCUUUUUCCGUGGCCGGGCUAUGGCGAAAAGGGCGCUGGGCUGGACUUUGGACAAACAUGGUGGAUGUCUGCCCCUUACUUGGUGUCCCGGGGCAGAGGAGGAACUUGAACGAUACUAUGGGGCUUAUGAACUCGCCUUAGAAAGCUGA